AUGUAUUUUCAACUGCGUCUCAGAAGGGGAGAAUUCCGUCACCAACAGAGAGGCAACGUUAGCCCCGAAAUGUGACUGCAGUUGACUGGCAGGCAGAGGCCUGGGAGUCUCUCAGUUGAUGGCUUAGAAUAUGCUAAAACGCCAGUACUUUCCUUGGGGAAUUCAGGAGCCUGCUGGUGCCCGUGACCGUGACCUGGAGCAAGGGAGUCAGAAGACAGUUAUAGAAAGCAAGAAGGACCGUCCACAGGACUGACUUGGAUUGCCAACGGGAGGCUCCUGCCACACAACUGUUGCCGUCCUCUGAUGGAAUGUUGGUGAGGUCCUGCACCCAGGGGAGCACCUGGGGCUGUGCGAGGGGCUGCCUGGGGAGUGAAGACUCCUGGCAGACUGACUGACCCCCGAUCCCUGCUCAGGAACUUGAGGGGUGUCAGAUUCCCGGAUGUGCUUUUCUUCAGGAAGAUGAGGACUGUGAACACCUCCACCAUGGACCGGGCAGGGCUGGGGCUGGAGAGGGACUUCUCCUUCCGCAUUCUCACAGCCUGUUUCCUGUCACUGCUCAUACUGUCCACCCUCCUGGGAAAUACGCUGGUCUGUGCUGCCGUUAUCAGGUUCCGACACCUGCGGUCUAAGGUGACCAACUUCUUUGUCAUCUCCUUGGCUGUGUCGGAUCUCUUGGUGGCUGUCUUGGUCAUGCCCUGGAAAGCGGUGGCUGAGAUUGCUGGCUUCUGGCCCUUUGGGUCCUUCUGUAACAUCUGGGUGGCCUUUGACAUCAUGUGCUCCACUGCGUCCAUCCUCAACCUCUGUGUGAUCAGCGUGGACAGGUACUGGGCUAUCUCCAGCCCUUUCCGGUAUGAGAGGAAGAUGACCCCCAAGGCAGCCUUCAUUCUGAUCAGCGUGGCGUGGACCUUGUCUGUACUCAUUUCCUUCAUCCCAGUGCAGCUCAGCUGGCACAAGGCAAAACCCACAAGACCCUCUGAUAGGAAUGCCACUUCCCUGGGUGAGACCCCAGACAACUGUGAUUCCAGCUUGAGCAGGACGUACGCCAUUUCAUCCUCCCUAAUAAGCUUUUACAUCCCUGUGGCCAUCAUGAUUGUCACCUACACCAGGAUCUACAGGAUUGCCCAGAAACAAAUACGGCGCAUCUCAGCUUUGGAGAGGGCAGCAGUCCAUGCCAAGAAUUGCCAGAGCACCACAGGUAAUGGAAAGCCUGUUGAAUGUUCUCAACCAGAAAGUUCCUUUAAGAUGUCUUUCAAAAGAGAGACUAAAGUUCUGAAGACUCUGUCUGUGAUCAUGGGGGUGUUCGUGUGCUGCUGGCUACCUUUCUUCAUCUUGAACUGCAUAUUGCCCUUCUGUGGGUCUGGAGAGACCCAGCCCUUCUGCAUUGAUUCUAUCACCUUUGAUGUGUUUGUGUGGUUUGGGUGGGCUAAUUCCUCCCUGAACCCCAUCAUUUAUGCUUUUAAUGCUGAUUUUCGGAAGGCAUUUUCAACCCUCCUAGGAUGCUACAGACUUUGCCCUACGACGAAUAACGCCAUAGAGACGGUUAGCAUUAACAACAACGGAGCUGUCGUGUUUUCCAGUCAUCACGAACCACGAGGCUCCAUAUCCAAGGAAUGCAAUUUGGUUUACCUGAUACCACAUGCUGUGGACUCCUCUGAGGGCCUGAAAAAGGAGGAGGCAGGUGGAAUAGCCAAACCCUUGGAGAAGCUGUCCCCGGCCCUGUCGGUCAUAUUAGACUAUGACACUGAUGUCUCUCUAGAGAAGAUCCAACCCAUCACACAAAAUGGACAGCAUCCAACCGGAACUCCUGGAUGAAUCCUGCCAUACAUGCUCAUCCCCAAAGCUAGAGGAGGUUUCUCUGGACUUGUUUUUAAGAAACUAAGGUAUGGUGAGACUCAGGUGUCAGAAUGCUCUGCUGCUUUCCAACACACACUAACUAUAUUUUCAUAUACAUUCCAGUGUAUUUUCUGUGUUGUUCAUAGUCAACCAAACAGGGACACAUGGGAAGUUACAAGGAACAUGUCUUUGGCCCUAAAUUGUUUCUAAAAACUUGUUCUUGUUUUAGGACUUUAAAAAAUAGGGCAAAGAAUCAACAAUGAACAGCUUCACUUAAUCAUCAAAUCUUUCUGGAAAAGAAACAAGAAGGGUUGAGUUUGCUGUGUACAAACAGGUGCUAACACUGUUCCAAGCAAAGUUUUCAGAUUGUAAAGGUAGGUGCAUGCCUUCAUAAAUUAUUUCUAAAAACAAUUGAGGCUUACUGUACGAAUGGAAUUUUUUUCAGAAUUGAGAGAUGCUUUGUUCAUACUGGUUUUAUUUAUUUAUUGUAUUAUAUGGAUAUUUUUAAUUUAUUAUAAUAAAUCUAUAUUUAUCAUAUUUAAUAGGAUAAACUAAUGCAUUAUCUGAGACCUUACAACCACAUUUUUGUCCAUUUAACUAGCACUUUAUAAACCAAUGAAACAAACACACAGACUCUUUGAGAUUCUAGAUGCUCAUGUACGUAUAAUUUCUAGAAACAUAGCAAAGACAGAUAGGAAAUAAAGUUGUGAUGAUUCCUUAAAAUUCACUGACACAAAUAAAUAUGAGGUGAGAAUUAACAAAUGCUGUGAAUGCCUUUUUUUCCCCCUGAAAGGAUUUUGAAAAAUUUAAAAAAGUAUAGUUACUAUUGUGUUCAACAUUUAUUAAAUGACAAAGACCUUCCCAGGAGAAAUUGUAUUUCUGUAAAUAUCUUAAAUAAAGCCAGCUUAAUAAGAAUUCAACUUUAAAGCUAUGAUCUUAGGUGGUAAUGAAAAGUAUAUGCCACUUUGUAUUUAUGUAAAAUAAUUGGCCCGCCUUGUCGUUUCUCAUUUCACGUGUCAGAUAUAGCUUUUCUGAACCAAAUGAAUGAAUGGCUGUCUUGGAUACAGAGGUGUAAUGAAGACAGUGUUUUUUUUUUUUGAACUCUUGUGCCCUGCCGAUGGACAAAGCUCAAACUCCACGUCUCCAUCUUACCAGGUCACCAAGCUAGUCAGCGGGGCUACUUUUUGUAGUGCUUUAAUCUGAAUUUAGAACUGAUUUUUUAAAAAGUCUUUAAAUAUUAAUGGUAUACUAACUAACAAAUAGUGCCUGAUUGUUAUACUCGAGUAAGACACUCUACUGGUGGAAGAGAUAGGAGACCCCUUUUCUUUGGGUGGGUUAAGCACCCCAAAGCCAUCAGCAUUUCUUUUGACAAAUGCAAUUCCUUUCUCUGUGCUUUGGAAUUAAGUCCCUAUGUCAUUGCCUAGACUGUAAAAAGUACCGUGUUUCCCUUGCUAGAUACGAACACAUGUGGGACAUUUCAACAGUUUCUUUGAAAUGUUUACAAAGUAUUCUUCUUGAUAAGCAAUUUAUUUAACACUUAAAUGAAAUUGGUAAAAAGAAAAAAAAAAUCUACUGAAAAAUAUCUCCUGCAUCAGGUCUGUGUUAUUUAUGUAUUGUGAAUGUUUUCUUAAUUUUAUUGCCUGUAUGCUUUCUUACAUAUAAUAAAAUUAUUUUGUGAACUCAAA